AUGAAUCUGGAGCCGAGCUCGAAGAAACUUUCUGGAAAUUUGAAAACAAAGUGGGAUGAGACGUCCUCAGCAAGAUCAUCACCAUCUUCACAACAAUCACCAUCAUCACCAUCAUCAUUACCACCAUCAGCAUCACCAUUAUCAUCACCAUGGGCCAUCAACGAGUCCUACACGAUCUCGACAGAUCCACGAAAAGCGAAAGUGAAGCGGGUUCUGGCAGUGUCGUUGUUAGGACGUAAUGGAGGAUCUACGAGGAUCUUCGGUACCCGGUUAGAUUCGAUCGAGCCGUACCUCGACACCGGUGUCCCAUUCGUGGUGCACCGACUGUGCAAUUACAUCGAGGUUCACGGAUUCCAAAGCGCGGCGGUGUUCCGCCUUUCUGGUGGUAGUCCAAGACUGGCGGAAAGACUGAGGGCCGCCUUCGAGAGAAGAGGUGACGCUGAUUUGGAAACGGCGGCCUGCCCUCCGACCGCGGCAACGCUUCUUCGCCAGUAUCUGAAAGAAUUGCCGCAACCAGUUGUUCCGUCGACUCUCGUUGCCAGACUGUUGUCCAUUCAUGCCCAGAACUACGCCAACGAUCGCGACUGUUGGAUUAAUUCAACGAAAGAGCUACUGUCCACUCUGCCGAGCUCCCACUAUCGUCUGCUCGGCUACCUGGCUCUCUAUCUAAGCAGGUAUGAAGCCAAACACGGGCGUAGCGCCGGUGUUUGCGGAGUUUUCGCCCCCGUGAUUCUACCUCAUGUCCCACCUGCCACCACACUUCUUCGUGAUAUCCUAGCCGAGGCAUCUACGCUUUUCCCGGAUUGCGUCCGUGACAACGUGGUGAACGGCGUGAUCCCUGCGAGCGAUUGUAAGAUCUGCAAGGAUUCAAAAGACGAGCCGAAAGAUUUCGAAGGCGCGUCGUUGCUUUGCGCGCUGAAACCGCGUAAACGGAAAGAACGUCACGAAUCCUGUUGUCAAGAACGAAAAUUGAUAAGAAGCAGUAGCGAGGAACGUGUUCUUGAAAGUCCCACCGAAAUCACGGACACGAUCAGACGCGUGAGCAGUCACGAGGAUUUUAACAGUGAGAAACAUUUGCACAUUUUGUCUCAACUCGGACAAGACAUGGGUCAUGGUGUGAGAUGCGGAAGUCUUCCCUUGCACGAGAGAACGAAUGUUUCACCAGUGUCCAAGAAAACCCCACCGAUCUCGUCGCCGUGCGAAACAGUGUUAGAAACAGAGAAAUUCGAAUGCGACGCCGAAAAACUGAGAAGCAGCGAACGUUUCAGUCGAAGCAUCACGCCGAGAGGACGAAGGCAGGCUCGACGAAAGAGGGUGCACAAGGUUGCAGAUGCAGAAAAUUCCAGUAAGGAGAACGAAGAGGAAACCGAUAACAUUUACGUAUCGUCGAACCCCAGCAGCUGCAAUGGCUCUCCGGCACAAAGUUUCUUGGAAAUGUUGAGCAGUGGACCGAGCCGAUCGCCAUCGCCAGCUCGCCCGCCAACAGUUAGUCAUGAAGAUCUGAAUAAUCCCAGCUUAACUAAUUGGACUUUUCAACGACAAGAGAAUAGUGAAGCUGCCGAUGCACGAGUAGAAGCUAUGCUUUCUCCGCGAAAUUCUUUAUUGCUGCCCAGACGUUUUUAUUCUGAAAAUGAAAUGCAACCGGGUGCUUCGAACAUCGCGGAACUUGGUUUAAAGAAUUUAACCAAAUACAUAAACGGCUUGAAGAAAAAGAUAAAGAAGUACGAGGAUGAAUUCGAGGAAAAUUUUGGUUACCGUCCGAGCCAUUCUGACAAAAUGAGCAACAGGGAUAUCAAACGAUUGUGUACAGAAUUGAGUAAAUUGCGGAAGGAGCAUAAGUUGUUGAAAGAAGACCCGGUCAGCGCGUUAUUGGCUAAUGUAAACAAUAGAAUGAGAGUGACUAACGGUAGCCCGACAAACAACAAUAACAGUCAAGAAAAGUCUAGAGCGGUGUCAAUGGAAGAAAUGAUAACAGAGAUAGAAAAGAAACUAAGUGAGAAGAGAUUAAAAUAUAACAGACCCGAGAGUAUGGAGGAAUUAACCUACGAGCAACUGAUAGACGAGAAAACUGCUGUUCAGAAAGCUUUGCUUCACAUUGAAAACACUUUUGGCAGACCAGUUUCUAAAGAAGACAGAACUAUCGUACGACCUUUGUAUGAUAAAUAUAGAACUUUGAAAAGAUUGCUUAUUAGGGCAGGCGUGAGUAGAAAUAAAGAUAGUAUUCCAGAAUUAGCUACUAUUUUGGAGCAUGAAGCAAUGGAUUUUACAUCGUCCAAUUUACCUAAUAAUCCAUCUGAUACAGAGAGGAGAGCUAGCGAACCUGAUAUGUCACAUAGAGGUAUUUUGGACUGUAUAGAUUCGAUAGAUCAAUUACCAACUGAUAGUGAUAGUCAGCACAGCAGUAGCGAAGGAAGCCGUAGUAACAACGAAAGUCUUCAUGCACUUCCACAAGAGGAAUUAUUGGCGCAACAACAAUUAACCAGGGAAGAGAAAAAGCGUUUGCGACGUGCUUUAAAAGAAUUGGAAGCACAAUUCGAAGCUCGUGCUGGUCGUAGAAUGCAAAGGGAAGAUCGUGGCCCGCAAGUCACAACCGUUUACGAAUCAUAUAAACAGGUUAAAGCGAAGCUUCGACUGAUUGAUGCUCUUGUAGCUAAAAAUGCUUGACGCAGUAUUUAAUGACUACAUACAUUCAACAACAAAGAGAACUUCGAAUAUUAUGAAACAUUCGAAAUAUAUGCAGUGAUUAUUAUAUGUACCACCGAACCUUUGUACAACAUUCACGUGAUUAUAAAAAAAUGCUAUUGUGCAAGAGCAGUGACAACCAAAAACAUUUUUGACAACAGAAAACGAGGCAAUAUGAUAAUUUUAAUUUGUCCAGAAAAUCAAAAUAUUUUAAGAGAAGAAUGAAAAUGAUCGUCGUCUCUGAUCGCAAUAUCUUGACUUUGAUUCUUGACUUUGAUCUAUUGAUUACAAUUGGUCAACGACCUAUUUUAAAUCAAACUGAUAUAGAACAUGUUUGCGAAACUCUGAGCUAAUCUCAGAAUGCUGAAUUCAGUUCAUUGAAAGAUUCAUUUCCCUUUAACUCUGACGAAAUAGUAAUAGUCGUUGCGUGUAACGAUGAUAUUUUAUACGAAAUAUUUUCAACGAUAAUUUCUAUUAUUGUAUUUAACUAGAUUGUUUUGAUAAGAUUCUUGUUAUUUCGAUGAUUCAUUGAAGUGCUUAUUAUAAAGUGAUAUCUUACGAUAAUAAAUAAUAAAAUUAGUACCAGGUUAGUAUUCUGAACUCUAAACACUAAUAGUUAGAAAGUGGCUACAGCGUUAUAAACAAUCUGUCGAUUUGCACCUGAUUUCCUUCAGAUAUUCAACAUCGAUAAAAUAAGGAAAUGCUUAUUGCAUGGUUACUGUAAAUUUUGCCUAUUUAUAUACAUAAGGACAUCACGUAACAAGAUAUUAAAGACGUGCCACUGAUUUGUUUCAUUUUAAAUUUUGUACGUAUUUUUAACAGUAUUGUUUAAAAUUUCGCCUCCUUUUUCAGUAGAAAUUUAGAAAAGUUUAUUUUUCAUGUUGCAUUAUCUGCAUAUGCGCGUUAUAUUACGUAAAAUAAAGACAGUUUAUAUUCGUGGAUUUCUUUACGCGUUCGAUUAAAUAUUGAGUAUAUAAAUAAACAAAAAAAAUAAAGAAAUGAAUUGUGUUGAAACGAGAAAUUGUUACAUGUACGUAUUUUGAUACAAAUCGAUGAACACGCAAGAGUAAAUUACAAAAGAGCAUUAAAAACGAACAAUAACAAGUGAUUUCAUAAUAAUUGAAAUGAAAUUAACGAGUGCAUUAUAUGCUAAUCUUUUUUUUAAAAUAGCCAUUAGAUAUUUAUAUACUUUUUCUUGUACUUUAUCGGUUAACAUUUUCAAAUUACUAUUAUUAACAAUCUUAUAUCUUUUUUUUUUUUACAUUAUAUAAUAUAGAAUAUCAUUUUCUUUAAAAAAUCAGUAUGCCAAUUGAACGGAAACAGAAAGAACAAAUAUCUACAAAAUUAUACAUUAUUUAAACUAAACUUGAUACUUAUUUCACUUGUUCAAAGAUUAUCAUCAAAUUGAACGUUGAGAGUAAAGAACAGAUCUGUGGGGUUAUUUGUAAUGUAAGUACCUUGUAAGAGAUAUCACAUGUUACAAUUGUAGAGUACUAUAAACUGUUACAGUCUUAUAGCUGUAUUAAACAUAUUCAUCAAAA